AUGACGGCAACGACAGCCGAAAGGCCCACGAAGCAUUCGCCCCUGCUUCUCGUUACGGCUUUCCCUGGCGAAGGGCAUGUGAACCCUCUCCUUACUAUCGCAUCAUACCUUGUCAAAAAGGAUUAUGAGGUUGUGUUCAUUUCAACGCCGGACUUCCGGCACAGAGUCGAAGAAGCCGGCGCCGAGUGGGUCUGCACGGACAGCCCUUUCACCGAAGAACUUUUCCGGAGCCUAGCUGAGACGUUUUCCUUGCCUUCCGUGCCGGAUCGUUUCGCCAUUGAAUACAAGAAAGUUUUCUUGAAUACACUGCCCCCUCGGGCCCGGAAAACAGCCGAAGUUCUGGCCCUGUUGAAAGCAAGGGACCCCAACCGCCAGAUCAUUGUCAUCGAGGAUGCCCUCAACUGGUCCUUCUUGCCUCUCAAGUAUGGAAUGCCUUUGGCCCAGGGCUUAACGGAAAUCCCGAGAAGCAUAGGCAUUGGCGUUGCCGCUUUCAUCCUAGAGAGUCGGGACACUGGGCCCAUUCCAUACGGAUUACCGCCCGAUUCCACCCACUCAGGUCGCCUAAGGAACGCAAUCCUUCAAGACUUGGCUGAGAAAGGGCCAUUGAAGCCUGCGCUAGACGGUUUGCGGGAGGCAAUGGAGACACUGGGCUGCACAGACAUCCCGACCAAACGCAUGUUCAGAUGUGCCUACACAGCCCACGAUGUCACACUACAACUUUGCCCCCCGAGCCUCGAGUACCCAAUUUCCGACCUGCCGCCGUCAGUUGAGUACAUUGGCAUACUGCCGCGCAAGACACCAAGUCCAGACUUCCGAUACCCCACUUGGUGGUCCGAAGUCGAGAGAACACAACCGGACAACAAAUACCGCCAUGUCAUUUUCGUAUCUCAGGGCACGGUCGCCUCAGACUACACCGAUCUCGUGCUGCCGGCUAUCGAAGCCUUUGCCAACAGGCACGAUGUUCUCGUCGUUGUGGCUCUGGGGACUCGUGGCGCCCAGCUUCCUUCGGAGGUCGUGAUUCCUCCGAACGCUCGGGUUCUGGACUACAUGCCCUAUGACACCAUCCUCGAAUACACUGAUGUAUUUAUCUCGAACGGAGGGUACGGCGCCUUGACUCACGCUGUGCGCAACGGCGUCCCCGUGGUUCUUGCCGGCGAGAGCCAGGAGAAGAGCGAGGUGGCCAUGCGUGCCGUGUAUGCCGGUCUUGGCGUGAGCCUCGCCACACAGAGACCGACGGCAGAGCAAAUCCGGAAAGGCACUGACGAAGUCUUGCGAGACACUAAAUACAGAAAAGCCGUGAUGAGGCUGAAAGGCGAGGACGAUAGUAUGGACGCUCUGGCAACGGUAGAAGCAAAGGUGAAGGAGAUGACUCAAUGA